GGCAGGCCAGAGUGCGUGGCUGGCGACAAAGCAAGGCGGCCUCAAACCCCGACGGAGGCGUCGAAAGCCUGAUUGCCUUUCUCGAAAAGAAACUCUCCCCACCGGACUCGAAAGCUGGCGCGCGCGCAAGGAUAACCAAGGUAUGUGCAACACCACGAUUGGCGGUCACCGACAAUGGACACUCGCAGCGUCGUCUCUUCCGGGUGUGUUCGAUGAUGCUAUAGAAAACGACGACGGUCGACGAAACUUCUCCUCAUCGGCUCUUCGCGCGUUCAUUUCCCUAAGGGUGACCUGCGGGCUGUCAAGGUCUCUCUUUACGCCUUGCUAACGUUCCUUCAUUAGUCGCGUGUCGAUGGAGACGCUCUCAUAGUUUCUAUUCGCCCGGAGUUCAUGGACCGGAUGCUCAACCUGGAUGGAUUUAGCUUUGCAGGCGCCUCGCUGUCCAUCGAAGCGUACGGCGACUCAACCAACGGCGAUGCCCCAUCCACGGCCGAUACUAAAGCAAAGAUGACGGCGAUUUUGGGCAAGCGGUACUAUCAGCAGACAAAAUUGUUGGAUCUAUCGAAGCUCGGCAGCGACCCGGAUCUGCUGUCGAUGGGCGUCUUUAACAGCACCUCGACCGAAUCCAAAUUUUUCCCAGCAUUGAUGAAAGUCUGGGAGAUGACUUGGGAUAGCGCAGCCAAGCGGCGUGAAGCGGUGGAGAGUGUCAGCCUCGCAGACAAUCAGCUGGCCAAUAUCUCCGUUGUUACGACUCUCGCCCAGACGUUCCCCGACUUGAAGAACCUCGACCUUUCGAAUAACAACUUUAAAGACUCCCAGGCCCUCUUGGCAUGGCGGUGGAAGUUCCGUAGCCUGGAAUUCCUUGACCUGACCGGUUCGCCGUUCUCUGCCGAUCCCACGUUCAAAGACACCAUGCUCAAAUGGUACCCACGGUUACGGGUGCUGAACAACAUCGAGGUGCGCACUGCCGAAGAACUGGCUGCGCUGAAGAAAACGCCGAUCCCUGUCCAGGGACCCUACUUCCAGGACGAAUCGCAGAUCGCCGAGAACUUUGUUAAGGCCUUUUUCGUCGGGUACGACAACGAUCGCAACGAUCUCCUUAAUGGUAUUUACGAUGCGCACUCCGUCUUCUCUCUCAACGUCAACCCAUCGGCCCCCCGUGCGCACCAGACGGGUACAGCGGGAUGGGACCAGUACAUCAAGAAAAGUCGCAACCUGCUCAAAAUUAGUCACCUCCCUGCUCGCAUGUCUCGGGUGUUUACCGGUGUGCAGAAGAUCCGCGAAGUCUGGGACACGUUGCCCAAAACCCAGCACCCAGACGUCCUGGCCCAUCCGGAACAGUGGCUAAUCGAGUGCCAUCCGAUCCCAGGGCUUCCUGACCCUUCCGGCCAGAGCGGAACAGGUGUCGGCGGUCUCCUGAUCAUGAUUCACGGCAAAUUCGACGAAAUCCACUCCAACAACCAGGUGGAAACCCGCAGCUUUGACAGGACCUUCAUUCUGGGACCCGGUGGCGGUGUGGGUGGCUUACGGGUCCUCAGCGAUGUCUUGAGCCUGCGUGCAUAUGGCGGUAAUGAGGCGUGGACUCUGGAAACAGCUGCCAUUCCCCCACCGGCAGCAGCAGCUCCUCUAGCCCAGCAACAGCCCCCGGCCCCUGAAGGCUAUGGCCACCCAGCUCCUGGAAAGACCGACACCCAGGUCCAGCAGGAACAGUUGGUUCUCCAGAUGAGUGCGAAGACGAACAUGACUCUGCAAUACUCGGAGAUGGCUUUGUCCAGUAACGGCUGGAACGUAGAGUCUGCGCUCAAAAACUUCGAGGAACUCAAGGCCCAAGGUCAACUCCCUCCAGAUGCCUUCCUCCCGGUUGUCCAGUAAAAGCCAUUAACACAUACUUUUGCUGCGAGACCAUCUUCAACCACAUAAAAAAAAAAACACCCAACGGACCGUCUGCUGCUCUUGUCAUUUUUUUUUUCUUU